AUGAACAAGCAGUAGGUUUAACUAUUGAAUUCGAAUUGCACUCUCAGUGAGAAUUUCAGAGAAUUUAUCCAUAAAAUUCAGUAGAAUCAAAAGAGAUUCUAACUCUAUAGAAGAAAAGAUAAAGUCUCGAAUUAAUAAUGCAUAGAAUUCCUUAAGAUUUUUAAAUAAACUCUAAUUAAUUAAUAGCAAUAUUAGAAUUAAGUAAAAUAAGAUUAUUCGCAAACUAAUUAACAAGCCAGUUAUAGUUAAUCCAAUUAAAAGGGAUGGUGA